GAGUAUAAAUAUCUAAGCUAUAACCUCAAUAUUUUCCAGUAUUUUCUAGAUCGAAUCAACGGCAAGGUGUUUGUUUCAUGUUUUAUAAUUACCUACUGUGCUGUGCUUGUGUGGUGAUUUUAGCUCAGAAUUAACUAAAAACACAUUUCCUGUGAAGCAAACCUAUACUUUGUUCAGCUAAAAAUGUCUGAAGGAAAAUUGAAAGAGUUGCGAAGUGAUAUUGACGAAUUGAAUGCAUUACUGAAGCAAGCAAAACGCAAGAAGGUCCAAGACAUUUUGUCUCUCGAAGUCCGUAAAUUGGAAACAGAAUGGAUUACGAUUAAAGAAAAAGAGGAUGUUCCAGCCAGUCCUAUGGAAGUGUCACCUGUUCCAACUACUUCAGCUCCAACACAAAGCAAGAGAUACCAGAUAAAGCUUAAUGGAUAUGGUUGGGAUCAGUCUGACAAGUUCAUCCAAGUGUUUGUCACCUUGAAAGACGUCCAAACAGUGCCAAAAGAGCAAGUGUACUGCAAACUGACAGAGCGCUCCAUGGAACUCCAUGUAGACAGCUUGGACAAUAAGGACUACCUUUUAGUCAUCAAUAAUCUGCUAGAGCCCAUUAAUGUUGCUGAAUGCCAUUGGAAACAAAAAACUGACAGAGUUGUUGUUUUCUUGGCGAAGAAACAGCAAAAUGUAAAAUGGUCACACAUGACAGAGAUAGAGAAGAAGUUUGAGGAUCAGCGCAACAACCGAUUCAAAGCUGAUGACAUGGAUAAGAAUAAGGAUCCACAGGAGUCCAUUAUGAGUCUCAUGAAGAAUAUGUAUGAAACUGGUGAUGAUGAAAUGAAAAGAAUGAUAUCCAAGGCAUGGUAUGAAGGCCAACACAAAAAGAAGACAGAUACAAUAGAUUUCUAAACUAAAGCUGGAUUAUUUCCUGGUAUUAAAUUUAUUUGCUUUUAAGUAAUGUUUACGUUGUAAGUGUAAUCAUAAGUACUUUUAUAUGUUUGCAUUUAUUUUAAAUAGUAUGGUAUAUUUUAAAUUAUAUAUCUAGUUUAGUUUUUGUGGAAUCUUCUUUAUAGUUUCCAUUCAUAAUACCUGUGAAUUGUGCUACCCUGAAUUGUCUAAAUUUAUUGUAACUUCCCUUAAAUAAAGUGAAAUAUGUAAGUA